AUGCCCAUUUGUCUUGGCAUUUCAGUUGUGAUGAACCACUACAAAAACAAACAGAAGAGUUUUUCUGAUCAAUGGAUUCUUCAAAGCGCUAGACGACGUAAAGCAUUGGAAGUUCGAAAUCCAAACAUUGUUGAAGUGUAUCCGAGAGAAAAAGAAGACGCCAAAGACACUGAUUAUCUAACCGCUGUUUUAGGACUCGAAAAUCGUACCGAUUUAGUGGAAUCUAGUGAAUUGCCAUUGAAGUGUAAUUCUGACGAUGAGGAAUACUGUGACGGCAGUGGGAAGGCUCUGUUCGGUAGAAAUUAUGUAAUGGAUAGAAUCCUAGCAAGAAAAACUGUGAUGGUUGACUUCAUGGAGAGGGAAAAAUCGCGCACAGUUUUGGGUUUGAAGCAGAGAUUGGAGGACGAAAAUCUGUAUCAGUUGCGUAAUCUGGAUAGGUGGGAGAGGAAAAUUAAUAGUUCCCGUUGUUGCUCUAAUGGGAAAAAAAUUUUCGUUUUUAACUCUGUUGACGAUGCCUGUAGACCACGGCACUUUGAAUAUAUAAAUAAGUCUGUUCUUGUUACUCCUGUUAAAUUCUCCAAAAAGCCAGUUCCCAAACGGUGCCAUUGUCCACUGAAGUAUUACUGUAAUGGCGCGUCUGUUUUUAUGUCAUAUUAUAAAAGCUUUUUUAAUGUUACUAAAUACAAACUAGCGAUUGCGAGAACCGAGAGAUGUGGAUGGGGAGUAUUUGCACUGGAAGAUAUACCUGCUGGACGUCUGGUUUUUGAAUUUGUUGGAGAAGAUGCGAAUAAACGGGGCGAUUAUGAUUAUCAGUUUGACCUUAACUGUGACGCAGGCACUGAAUAUGUCAUUGAUGCAAAAUUUAUGGGGAAUGAAAGCGCUUUUAUGAACCAUUCAUGCAACGCUAAUCUAAGUGCAAUGAUUUUGUAUGAUGAACAAGCAGCUCCUGCUUUUCACAGAAUGGCUCUCUUCAGUAAAGCUGAUGUUAAGAAGGGAGACGAACUGACGCUCAACUACUACCCCCAGUUUUCAAAAAAUAAGAUCCUUCUAAAUGGUCAAGGACUAUUGCACCGUAAAAAGCUGAAAUGCCGGUUUGUCUUCACUUUUCUCACUUCCUUAUUGUUUCAGCAUACUAAUUUUAUGGCUAGUUUUGUUCAUGGCUGCUCACACGAGAAGAUAAAUUGUAUUUAUUUGAACUAUAAUAGUUUGUCUUUUGAGCCCAGUCGUAAGUAUUUUUGUUUUAUACCACCAAUCUUUUUUACCUCGCAUUUUUUUGUUAUCGUUCACCAUCUGGACAAGUUGACGUAUCAAAACUCAAAAUGCUGUCGACACGUUAAAUGAGU